AUGUUCAACUUCAACUUCUUCAAGUCCCCCGUCCCCGAGGCUCACUCCGAGUCCAACUGGAACCCCGACACCCUCACCAUGCAGCAGCCCUCCAGCCCUGCGGCGCCCUCGAGCAACCAGAACGUUGUGACCGAUCAGCCAACCAGCCAGGAACAGAUGCAGCUACGCGGUGGUGGAAAUGGCGGCGGUAUCUGCUGUGGAAUUUGCGCCGGUAUCGCUUGCUUCGAGUGCUGUGAGAUCUGCUGCUAG